GUUCUGUAAUCUAUACAAAGGGACUGCACCUCGUGCCUGGGAAGAACAGAAUAUAAGGACACACCAAAGCGGUCAGGUGAUGCUUCUGAGGAAGACUGUAGAUGACAGUUGAAACAAAGUAAAAGAAUUAAGUAGUACACAUGUGCAGCUCCAGAAGUAACAUCAGCUGGACAGGCAAACUCUGCCAUAGUGCAGAAACAGCAGAGCAUGAUGUGGAUAAAAUGUGCUGAGGCCAGUCAGGACAAGAGCAAAAACAUCUUCUCUGCUAAGUAUGGGAAGAGGAGGAUCCAAACCAGCAUCUCCACCUCUGUUGGAUCAACCAUGGAGGACUCUGCCGAACACCCAAGAAAUGCUUCCCUUUUUAACAUCGUACAAACCCCAAAAAGAAGGAGUCAGUCAUCUCAGGAUUCUACUUCAUGGUCCGGUUGGUGCCGGAAAGUCCAGUUUUGUGAACUCUGUUGAUUCUGCUUUGCGGGGUCGCGUUAUGGUGCGAGCUAGUACAAAUGCAAACUCUGGGUUCAGCCACACCAAGAAAUACAACAUGUACAAGAUCAGAAAAGAUGAUGAGAGCUUCUAUUCUUUCAUUUUCAACGACAUUGUGGGAUUUGAACAAAACCUGAACCACGGAGUCAGUGUGGAGGACGUGAAACUGGCUCUGAAGGGACAUGUGAAGGACGGUUACAAGUUCAACCCUCUCAGCCCGCUGACAGAGGAAGAUCCGGGCUACAACUCCAAUCCUUCUCUGGAUGACAAAGUCCACGUCCUGGUCAGUGUCGUUCCUGCUGACAAGGUCUCUCUGCUAAGCAAGGAAGUGGUGGAAAAGCUAAAACAAGUCAGAGAUGCUGCUAAUAAUCUGAAUAUUCCUCAACUGGCCAUUCUCACCAAAGUGGACGAGGCUUGUCCUGAAGUGGAAAAAGAUAUUACCAACUUACACAAGAGCAAGUACCUGAAGGAGCAGAUGGAAAAAUACAAGAACUUGCAGGGAAUUCAAAAAAACUGCAUCUUUCUGGUUCAGAACUAUGAACAAGAGCUCAACACCAGUGACCAGAUCAAUGGGCCGAUCCUGACCGCUCUGAAACAGAUGUUGACCAAUGGAGAAGACUACCUGAAUGACCUGUAAACCUGCAAAUUGCUGAGGAAGACAAUCAAUGAUGAAGGUGUUCAAAACACAAAAUCUGCAGAAUAAUUUCAAUCUUUAAUAACUUUGCUAUUGCAUAAUGCGCAUUUUUGUGAUGGAAAGCAUGUUGAUUAUCUGAUGUUUUAGACAAGAGGAAAUGCGUGCUGGUUCAGUGACACGUCUUUUUUUAAUCAUACUACUUGUGCAAAAACAUACAUCAGUUUAAGGAGGAACAUACAAUAAAAGCUCACCAGAGCUGACGUUAAAUGGUCUCUGACUUUUGGUUUGGAAAAUAAAAAGUUUGGCUGC